AUGGUUUGUACGAACGGCUCGGAAGGUUCGAAUGGUUCGUACGGAUCGGACGAUUCAGACGGUUGUACGGUGCUGACGGUUUGGACGGUUCGUACGGAUCGAACGGUUCAGACAGUUCACGGUUCGAACGGUUCGUACCGAUCGGAUGAUACAGACAGUUCGUACGGAUCGGGCGAUUCAGACGAUUUGUUCGGUUCGGAAGGUUCGUAUGGAUUGUACGAUACAGGCGGUUUGAACGGAUCGGACGAUUCAAACGGUUCGUACGGGUCGGACGAUUCCGAAAGUUCUUACGGUGCGGAUAGUUCGUAUGGUUCGAACGGUUUGAACGCUUCGAAUGAUUCGUACUAUUCUGACGGCUCGUACGGAUUGGACGAUACAGACGGUUCGUACGGAUUGAACUAUUCGGACGGUUUGGACUAUUCGUACCGAUUGGAUAAUACAGCCAGCUCUUACGGAUCGGACGAUUCAAACGGUUCGAAUGGUUCGUACAGAUCAGACGAUUCGUACGGAUCGAAUGAUUCAAACGGUUCGCACGGAUCGGUCGAUUCAGACGGCUCGUAUGGUGCGGAUAUUUCGUGCGGUACGAACGGUUUGAACGCUUCGAACAAUUCGUACUAUUCUGACGGUUCAGACGGUUCGUACGGUUUGGACGGUUCGUACCGAUCGAACAAUACAGACAGUUUGACCGGCUCGAAUGGUUCGUACGGAUCGGACGAUUCAAACGGAUCGAACGAUUCAGCCGGUUCGUACGGCAUUGACGGUUUGGACGGUUCGUACGGAUCAGACGACGGUUUGUACGGAUCGGAUGGUUCAGACGCUACAGAAAGUUUGUACGGACCGGACAAUUCAAACUGUUCGUACGGGUCGGACGUUCGUACGGUGCGGGUAGUUCGUACGGUUCAAACAGUUUGA